GACCGGGGUGUUCGUCGGUGGGGUGCGGGCUGUUCGAGGAGGUGGGGCCGUGGCGCGUCGCGUCCAAGGCGGGAGCCGCGCUGCUCUACAAUAAAUACGCCUGGAACCGACUGGUGAACAUAGUGUUCCUCGAGUCGCCCGUGGGCGUGGGAUACUCUUACUCCAAUGACACGUCAGACUACACCACUGAUGACGAACAGACAGCGAAGGACAACCACGCGUUCCUGGUGGGGUUCGUGGCGCGCCACCCGCGGUACGCGCGGAGAGAGUUCUACGUCGCGGGGGAGAGCUACGCGGGCCACUACAUUCCACAACUCGCCGCCCGCAUCAUCGAGCAGAAUCAGAUCCAGGGCGGCACGCGGCUGAACUUGGACUUUUCAGGAAUCUUCCUGGGCAACCCGUUUGUGAACUAUGCCCAUGACACCAAGGGCCCCAUCCAGUUCUUCUACGACCACGGCAUGCUCAGCUCCGACCUCUACAACGACGCCAUCAAUUGCCGCUACCACAUCAACUCCGCCUUCUCGCCCUGGUACGAGCCCAUCGACCCCUACAACAUCUACGCGCCCUACUGUCUAGCGGACGUCUCAUCAGCGCGCCUGUCCGCCUCGGCGCGCAUGAACCCGCGCCUGCGCUUCUCCGUGGCCGCACUGCAGGCCGCCAUCCAGCAGCAGCAGCAGCGGGCGCUGGAGCAGCAGGCAGCAGCGCAAGCACAGGCGGGCGGGGAGUUGGCGGCGCCGAGCAGUGGCGGUGUGGCGAGCAGCAGCGGAGCGGCGAGCAGUGGCAAGGCGAUGGAUCCGUUGGACAGCCCGGCGUGCAUGGAUGCGUGGGUGCAGCGCUACCUGCGCUCGCCCGCUGUCUACAGGACCCUCCGUGCGCCCGCUUUUCGCGCCUCCCAGUGGAGCCUCUGCUCCAACGGCAUAGACUACAGCGCGGUCAACCAGGGCAGCGACAUCAUCCCCACCAUCGCGGCGCUGCUGGACCAGCCGAUCCGCUUCUGGAUCUUCUCGGGCGAUGCGGACAGCGUGGUACCGUUCACGGGCACGCGCGAGUGGAUAGACGCGCUGGGGCUGCCAGUGCUGCAGCCGCACUACCCCUGGCUCAUGCCCUCGGGCCAGGUGGGCGGGUGGGCGACGAGGUAUGACAAGCUGACGUGGGUGACGGUGAGGGGGGCGGGGCACCAGGUGCCCACAGGCAAGCCCGAGGAGGCCUUUGUGCUCUUCCAGUCCUUCCUCCUCGCACAGGACCCCCCCAGCACUGCUCAGUGGUGA